AUGUCUAAUAUAGAAAUUUCCAAGUGCUGGGCCUCAAUCCCUUAUAAGCUGUGCUGCAUAUUCCUUAUCCUUAUCUCUUCUCCUACGUCGGCCAUUUCCUUAAGUUCCCCUGAAGUAGUUCGUCAGGGCAGAAAGUUAUCAGCGCUAGUUCCCUCGGCUCCCCUUGUGCUGCAAUAUCACAAGGGGCCUCUUCUCACAGGCCCCGCUUCCAUCAACGUCUAUAUUCUCUGGUAUGGCAAAUUCACCCCCUCCCAGAAAGCCACCAUUACCGACUUCGUCUCGUCGUUGGGAGCAACCAACGCCAUUCCAAACCGGCAGCCGUCGGUAAGCAGUUGGUGGGCAACCACGCAACGCUACACCGACUCCACCCGAAAAGGUGUCUCCGGGGCUGUAAAAAUCGGAGGGCAGGCCUCCAAUGGUUUGUAUUCCCUUGGCAAGAAUCUCAAAAGAAGCCAAAUUGCUCUUCUGGUGAAGGGGGCGUUGGCUAAACGUUUGUUUCCCUUGGACUACAGGGGAGUUUAUCUCGUUCUCACUGCAGCCGACGUUUAUGUGGAGAGAUUCUGCAUGAACUCGUGCGGUUUUCACGACUCCAUUCCUCUUUCCAAGAAAUCUACGAUUUUGUUUGGAUGGGUUGGGAAUUCAGGAGUUCAGUGCCCUGGGCAAUGCGCGUGGCCUUUUGCGGCGCCUCUGUACGGCCCUCCCACGCCGCCUCUUAUUCCACCAAACGGAGAUGUGGGUGUGGAUGGAAUGAUUAUAAAUAUUGCGGCUGUUGUGGCGGGAACGGCUACAAAUCCGUUCAACAGUGGGUAUUAUCAAGGGAGUGCAUUGGCUCCGGAGGAAGCAGUGACGGCUUGCAGUGGAAUAUUUGGAAAGGGAGCGUACCCAGGCUAUGCGGGGGACUUGCUGGUGGACAAGAGAAGUAAAGCGAGCUACAACGCAUAUGGAAUCAACAAUCGCGAGUUUCUUGUUCCAGGCAUCUGGGAGCCGCUUCAACGCGCCUGUAAGACUACUGUCUCGUAG